CUCGUUUACCAGUUACCGCGCCGCGCCGAUCCACGCCGCGCGCCCCUUCUUCCAUCACUCAGUUCGUUUCGUUCACGUUCGUUCGUUCAGUCAGUCAGUCACUCGACGACAGCCACGCGGAGUGGAUGUUUGACGAAUGUUUACACCCGGCAUUCACGCGGACAACUAGGUCAAGUUUUACGGCAAUCAAAUUAGGAUUGAAGACGGCCGAUUUCAUCUUUGUGCUGUGAAUUAAAGUGAUAAUUGUGACAGUGAUUUUAAAAUAUUCUUAGUGAACUUUAGAACAAGCGGCGUCUUUUGAAGUGUGCGGGAUGCGUGCGUGAGCGCAGCGCAUGACGUGCUACGAGACGUUGAAAGCUCCGGCAUUUGCCGCGGACGCCCCCAUGGCACACCACUUCGUCAAGUGGUGGCGCAACAAGUUUAGAAAUGGAUACAAGAAAUUCAGCAUCGGCGAAAGCGAGCGGACAGACACGGAGGAGCUUGUCGGUCGAGCAGCCUCGCAAUGCUCAGCACCGCCGGACCUUUUGCCGAGCGAGGCACGGGCGCUCUUGCAGCCGGCCACGCCGCCGCCGCACCGACAUCACCAACCAAAACCCCCAACACCACCACCUGUUCAGAGCGAAGACAAGCCAAGACUGAGAUUUGAGGAAUUGACGUGUGACGUCGAGCUGCAGCAUCCAGAAUCGUCGAAACAAAAACCAGUUCAGUUCUCCUUCACUCUCUACGAUCUUGACGGGCACGGACGCAUGACUAAGGAUGAUAUAGCUGGCAUUGUGUCUACGAUAUACGAGUCAAUCGGGAAAUCGGUCACGGUCCCCCACUAUGGCUCAAAGACAAUACAAGUACGAUUAACAGUCGUACCUGAAGAUGGUAAUGCUCGCACCCAUAGGGACAGGCGGGAAGGCCGAAGAAGACGUAGAAGAGAGGCCACGACGACGAAUCUACCCGAAGAACAUGAGCAAAGCGAGGAAGAGCACAGAGAGAGAUCUCCAGAUGACGACCUUUCAUCAAAAUCGUCGUGUUCAGACGACCGUAGACCAUUGCAACGCCCGCCGCCCCCUCAACCCACUAGGACUCACCGCUACCACCGCAAGGAACAUCGCGAACGCAAACACAUGAAAAAACGCUCCGGCAGUUUACAAAGACGUGAACUGUUUGAAAUCAUCCAGGCUAACAUGGAAAAGAACCAUCUGAGUUUUCAAUCCUCGAGAAAGCCCUGUGAAUCCGUUGCCAAUGAGGAAGAGAUAACAAUGAAAUAUCAAAAGCUUCGGAACAGAUCGUACACGAUCAGCGAGAAGCCGACUAAAACAUUCCACACCAGCAAGUCUGAUAAAUCUGGACAUGGAUAUUUGGACCUGGCGUGCGGAGGCGAUUCCAACUUGUGCCGAUACGAUCGGUAUCUCCAUGCAGUCAUAUGCUCGUCUGCGAGGCAUGCGCACACUGGUUUCCAUCAAAAGCAAGCGCAAACGCAAACUCCGCGGUCGCAGCGGGGCCACGCGCACCCUCGAUCCCGCUCCCACGACCUACCCACCCAACUGCAGACAUCACAACAACCCAGAGUACUACAGAUAAUAUUUUUAUAGAACUGUGCUAUGGACGACCAUGUUGUCCUCAUAGCUUGUUAAAUGUUUCGUGGAACAAAUGAAUAGUGAGUUACCAAGUGUUGUAGUGGUGAAUGUACGUGACUAUUGUCAAUGAACAUGAUAGUAAGGGUAGUUAAUUUACUCGAAUAACGGUGUAGUCAAUAAUCAGUAUUUACUAAAGUUGGUGUAUAAU